AUGGGCCCGCUGAGGCUGACUUGGGGCAAAAAGGUUAUGAACAAUGGGGCUCUUCCCAUGGUUCGAGCAAUACUAGGAGAAGCUCCACCGUAUCCUAAAUUUGAUGGCACAUAUUCCCCGUGGAUUCCCAUUGGUCAGUUGACCACGGAGAUGAUAUCCUCCAACGAGCCUCUGGCUCUGGUGUGUGGGUCGGCAGAGUCUGACAUCUUGGAGCCCAAAGAACGGGGCUCAGGAGCUCUUGUAACCACUACGAGUACUGUAUCAGGAAGCAAGAGAAAGCACAAGGCCUAUUGA